AUGAUGCAUCGUCGGCCAGUCUGCAGGCUAUCCCGUCGGGCUGAGUGGUCGAAUUCAGCCUACCGAACACCCACUCUAACAGCUCUCACACUUCGACGGACCUUACAGUUCUCCGCGACGCGUUGGAACUCAUCGGAUCCAUCGAGUGGGAAUGAUGAUGGCACUGCUUCAAAUCCAGCGCCCGUGAAGGCCAAAUUCGGCAGCCGAUGGGGCCCUAAACAAACUACGGCAUCGGCGGGCUUAAGUUUCGCAGAACAAGCGAUGCGCCAAACCCUUGUCGCCAAUAGUCAACCACCGCCGCCGCCAGCACCUGCACCACCACAACGGAGGCGGGAACAGUCAAAUCAACAACGGAACUCAGGGCAAUCAAACCAGCAGAGGAAACCGUACGCGCGGCGCGUGAGUCCUCGGGAUAAUCAAGAUGCCUACACGAUGGGAUCAAGAGAAACCCCACGGAAUCUGGGAAGAAAUCCGUCCACUCAAGAGAAGAAUCCCUUCAAAGAGGAGAGUUCAGGUAGCUACGUGAGAUGGCCCAAAGGAACCGCACGGAAUCAGGAGAGGACCUCGUCCACCCAAGAGCAGAAUCCGUUCAAAGAAGAGAAUGUAAGUAGCUACAUGAGGUGGCCCAAAGGAACCACGCGGAAUCAUCAGAGGAACCCGUCUAUCCGAGGAACAAAACCGACAUUUGAUGAAGAAAACCCAUUCGCCCCUGAAAAGACACAAAACAGAUUCCAAGGCCGAUUUCAGAGCAAGGCGGCUAGGGACCAUCCAGUGGCCCACGACGACUGGAACUGCCCUCAGUGUAUGAAACAUGUUUUUGCCACAAAGCAAGUGUGUCCGUUCUGCAAAACCUCACGACCCAGCGACGCCCAGCCAAAGUUCCGAAUAACCAGAGAGUAUAGCGAUUCUCCCGGACCUUCACAGUUCAGACAGUCCCGAUCCCCUUCUGAGGACGCUAGCAAGUUCCAGCGAUUAGGGGAUUCGGUUUUGUCUGAGUUGGAACAAGACGGUCAGCCGAGUACAACGGAAACCACAGGGCGCCAUUCAAAGGAAUCUGACCGACCUCAAACAAAGGAGGAAGCAGAAGAUUUCAAGAAGAAUCAAUGGUCUUGGGAUAUGUCUGCACUGGAGCAGCUAGAAAACCUAGAGGCACAAGAGCAGCAGCCGCCGAAACCUAUGAAGCGUCGUGAUGGACGCAAGGGACGUCAGAGUGAGUAUGAUGAGGCCGACUUUGACUCGGAAGAUCGCGAGCGCCUCCGCAUAGAGCGGAGACUCCAGCAGAAAGAAAAGGCCGCCCAAAGGGCCGCAAAGAAGGCCGCUACGCUGGCAGCACCAGCUCCUCUUUACCUGCCCGAAUUCAUCAGUGUUAGCAACCUAGCCGAUGUCGUUGGCGUGCGGCCGGCGCAGUUUGUGCAGCGGAUGGAGGAGAUGGGCUUCGAGGAAAUCACGUACAGGGAUAUUCUCGAUGCAGAAACUGCCGGAUUGGUAGCAGCCGAAUUCAACUACGAGGCCAUCUUCGACAGCGGCAAGGCAGAUCUAUAUGCUGCCCCUGAACUAGAGGACACAUCUGAUCUGCCAUCUCGGCCACCCGUGGUCACUAUUAUGGGUCACGUUGAUCACGGCAAGACCACGAUCUUGGAUUGGCUGCGCAAGUCAUCUGUGGCAGCUUCUGAACAUGGUGGUAUCACCCAGCAUAUUGGUGCAUUCUCCGUAAUGAUGCCUUCCGGGAAAGCCAUUACCUUCCUUGAUACUCCUGGCCAUUCUGCAUUCUUGGAAAUGCGUCGCCGAGGUGCCGACGUGACCGACAUUGUGGUUCUUGUGGUUGCUGCGGACGACAGUGUCAAGCCGCAAACUAUCGAGGCAAUUAAGCACGCCACCCAAGCCAAGGUUCCCGUCAUUGUCGCCAUCAGCAAAAUUGACAAGGAGGGGAACAACCCUGAUCGAGUUAAGGGUGACCUUUCUAUUCAUGGUAUCCAUGUGGAAGACUAUGGAGGUGACGUCCAGGCCAUCGGUGUCAGCGGCAAAACCGGACAGGGCAUGGUUGAACUGGAAGAAGCCAUCGUCGCGCUCUCGGAAAUGCUUGACCACCGCGCAGCUACCACCUGCAACGUUGAAGGCUGGGUCAUUGAGGCCUCUACAAAGUCUUAUGGCCGUGUAGCAUCCGUUCUAAUUCGACGUGGAACUCUGCGGCCAGGCGAUAUUAUUGUUGCCGGUACCGCGUGGGCUCGUGUCCGCACCCUCCGCAAUGAAGCCGGUGUAACUAUCAGUGAGGCCACGCCUGGAAUGCCCGUCGAAAUCGAUGGUUGGAGAGAGCAGCCGGGUGCUGGCACCGAGCUCCUACAGGCACCAACCGAGCAGAAAGCCAAGGACGUUGUGGAUUACCGCUUGGAGAAGUCUGAUACCCAGAAGAUGGGUAACGAUAUCGUUGCCAUCAAUGAGGCUCGUCGUGAACUUCUCGAGAAGCGUAGGCGCGAGAAGGAAGAGGAAGAAACAGCAAAGGAAGUCGAACCAACCGGUCCCAAGUCGGUCAAUUUCGUCCUGAAGGGUGAUGUGGACGGUUCUGUGGAGGCGGUCUUGAACUCCGUUGCAGCAGUCGGUACCAACGAAGUCUUUGCCAAUGUCAUCCGUUCGGGAGUUGGCCCUGUCAGUGAAUUCGAUAUCGAACAUGCUGGCAGUGCCAAGGGCAAGAUCAUCUCAUUCAACCAGGCCAUCGAUCCUAACAUCAUGCGUAUUGCAGAGACCGAGGGCGUCGAAAUUCUGGACCACAACAUCAUUUACAAACUCAUUGAUGACAUCAAAGCCAUUCUCAGUGAAAAACUGCCUCCAUCGGUCACUACGCGUGUGACCGGAGAAGCCGAGAUCCAGCAGGUGUUCGAGAUCACUGUCAAGGGACGUGAAAAGACAGCCAUUGCCGGAAGUCGUGUGCGUAACGGUCUAAUCAACAAAACUCGCAAGGUCAGGGUGCUUCGCGGGGAGGAGAUAGUCUAUGAUGGCACAAUGGUUUCCCUCAAGAACGUCAAGAAAGACGUCACCGAAAUGCGCAAAGACACUGAAUGUGGUAUCGCUUUCGAAAACUGGACAGAUUUUGCACCUGGUGACCAUGUCCAGUGCUACGAAGAGAUCUCUGAGAAGCGCUACCUGUGA